UUUGGGGAAAAGGGUUGGGUUUCCCCAACCUCCACACUCCCAAAAACUUCCAGGGGGGUGCAGAUAAUGGAGCUGAGGGCGAUGGAGGAGCCAUGACCUAAAAACCUGGGGGAAAUGGAGACUGAAAUGUGUUGAACUCCUUGGGAAAGUGGGAAAAUGCUCCAAGACGCUGCUCAGGGGCACUGGGGGGGGUCACAAUCCUGCUGGAACACAGCAGGAAUCCAAAUAAUCGCUGAUUCCCGCAGUUCCAGGGCAAAAUGGCUCAGGACAUGACAGAGAAGGAGCUGCUGAAGAUGGAGCUGGACCAGCUGAAGAAGGAGGUGAAGAACGAGAGGCAAAUGGUCUCCAAGACCGGCAAGGAGAUCAAGGAAUACAUCGAGUCCAUGGCGGGCGAGGACCCGCUGCUCAAGGGGGUCCCCGAGGACAAGAACCCCUUCAAGGAGAAGGGGGGCUGCACCAUCAGCUGACCCCACGGCGGCCGUGCCCUCCUGCUCCCCCUCCAGCCCCACAGCCCAACCCCAGCGCAGUUAAAGGAGAAAAAAAUACCCAAAAAACCCCCAAAACCCCCCCAAAAAACCCCACCAGGAACGGAGCAAAAAGAGGAAAAUAAUAAAAUAAAAAUAACCCUCAAGAGACGCCACCCCCGCUGGCGCCGGCGUCUGUGGGUUCACAGCUGAGCUGAGCUUUCCCACGGGCAGAAAAUGCCAAACUUCUGCAUUUUCAGCAGCCUGAAAAACACCAAAGUUCUGCAUUUUCAGCAGCCUGAAAAACACCAAAGUUCUGCAUUUUCAGCAGCCUGAAAAAUGCCAAAAUUCUGCAUUUUCAGCAGCCUGAAAAAUGCCAAAAUUCUGCAUUUUCAGCAGCCUGAAAAAUGCCAAAAUUCUGCAUUUUCAGCAGCCUGAAAAACACCAAAAUUCUGCAUUUUCAGC